GUCACCAGGCAUCAGGUCAUUUGGCUCGACAGCGGGCACCGCGUCAUCUGGCAAGGCAGUGGGCUCCGAGUCAACAGGCACGACAGUGAGCACCGGGUCAUCAGGUACCGGAUUGGCAGUGGCUCGACAGCGGGCAUCGGGUCACCAGGUAUGACAGCGGGCACUGGGUCACCAGGCAUCAGGUCAUUUGGCUCGACAGCGGGCACCGGAUCAGGUACCGGAUCAUCUGGAUCAACAGCGGGCAUCGAGUCAACUGGCCUAAUAGGAUCGUCAGGCUGGAUCAGUUCAUCAUGCUGGGUAGAGGCAUCAGGCUGAAUGCCGGCGUCACCGGCUGAGCAUCAGGCCGAAGAGAGGCAUCAGGCCGAGAGAGGCAUCAGGCUGCGGCUGAGUAGAGGCAUCAGGCUGAAGUAGAGGCAUCAGGCUGAGUAGAGGCAUCAGGCUGAGUAGAGGCAUCAGGCUGAGUAGAGGCAUCAGGCUGAGUAGAGGCAUCAGGCUGAGUAGAGGCUUCAGGCUGAGUAGAGGCUUCAGGCUGAGUAGAGGCUUCAGGCUGAGUAGAGGCUUCAGGCUGAGUAGAGGCUUC